UGCGGCCCCUAUAAAUACCACAUGACCGCAUCCCCAACCCCUAUCUUCUAUAAACUCACACAACAAACAUUUACAGCCAUGGCUUUAAAACGCUCACUAACACCAGCACUGCUCGUCCUUGUUCUGAUCUUCGCAGUUGCCUAUUAUGCAACUCCGGUCGACGGAGUCGGAGGGAUGGUCGGAGGGCGAACGGAGAUCAAAGACGUUAAAACAAACAAGGAGGUUCAGGAACUGGGGAGGUACUCGGUGGAGGAGUACAAUAGGAGAGAGAAGAAGCAGCACAAGGCGAACGGAGGUGGAGUUCUGGUUUUUUCUCAGGUGGUCAAGGCGGAAAAGCAGACGGUUUCCGGGAUCAAAUAUUACCUGAAGAUCGUGGCCACGGCGGAGAAUGGGGCUGCGAAGACCUAUGACGCAGUUGUGGUGGUGAAGUCGUGGGUGCAUUCUAAGGAGUUGCUCACAUUUGAGCCUUCUCCUUCGGCUAGGUAGUUGGGGUAGGGUUUGAGAAAUGACGUAUG